CACUUUACAAAGCCACCCCGUCAGACCUGCCGGGCGGAUUAUUGAUUAAUGUGUAUUGUGUCAGCCAGACGGCCGGUAAGUCCUACCCACCGGUCCCGGCGAACCGUGCAGAAUCCACCGCCGUGUUGUACAUUGUACAGGUUAGUGUAGUGCAGUUGAAGUUUGCACCACUACAGUGUAAUCGUUCUCUCGUUUCGUUGUCGUAGCACAAGAGCGUUGUGGAAAAAAAAUCCCCAAACAAAACAAACACCGGUCGGCAGUUUCCAGAGCAGGACAAAACCGAAAGUACAAAUAAAAUGAAUGGACAAAUUGAUCAAAUGGCACAAACUAAAAUCAAACAAUAUUCAAACAAACUUCAGACGUUCCUAUGCGAUUUUUGUAAGAAAUGUUUUUUUAACAAAAAGCAAAUUCUCCGUCAUAUGAUUACCGUCCACAAUAAUGCAACGGCUAAUCGUUCACACCGAAAACACAAGUCUAAUGAAACAUCUAAUAAAUGUGCCGUUUGUUUAAAAUCUUUUACGAAGAAAUCCGAUCUGGUAAAACACAUACGCAUUCAUACUGGCGAAAAGCCCUACACUUGUGACGUGUGCCUGAAAUCUUUUUCAGCAAAAUCCAAUCUGGUAAUACACAAACGCAUGCAUACUGGCGAAAAACCGUACAAAUGUGUUGUGUGCCAGAAAUCUUUUUCGAUGAAAUCUAAUCUGGCAGCACACGAACGCCUGCAUACUGGCGAAAAGCCCUACAAAUGUGUAGUUUGCCUGGAAACGUUUCCCCGGAAAUUCACUCUGCUAUCACACGCUCGCAUUCAUACUGUCGAAAAUCCCUAUAAAUGUGUGGUUUGCCCGAAAACUUUUUCCCGAAAACUCGCUUUGGUAUCACACGCUCGCAUUCAUAGUGGCGAAAAACGCUACAAAUGUGACAUGUGUCCAAAGGAUUUUACACGAAAAGCUUACCUCGCAUUACAUAAACAAGUGCAUACUGGCGUAAAGCCCUAUCAAUGUGUUGUAUGCCCGAAAUCUUUUUCGGUAAAAUCCUAUCUGGUAGCACACGAAAGCUCGCACACUGGCGAGAAGCCGUACAAAUGUGACGUGUGUCCAAAGGAUUUUACACGAAAAACAAGACUUACCAAACACAAACGUGUCCAUUCAGGUGAGUGUAACGAGUGCAAAAAAUCCCCAAAAGAUCGCUUGGCAGGACACAAAUGUGUCUAUACUGAAAAAAAGCCAUACAAAUGUGACGUGUGUAUCAAAGAUUUCACACAAAGUUUUCACCUUACCCUUCACAGGCGUGUCCAUAUAGGAGAAGAAUGUAACAAGUGUUUAAAAUAUUUCACUCUAAAAGACUACCUGGCUGGACACAAAUGUGUCCGUACUGCAAAAAAGCCCUACAAAUGUAACGUGUGUCUGAAGUAUUUUACACGAAAAGCAGACCUUGCAGUACACGAACGCUUGCAUACUGGCGAAAAGCCCUACAAAUGUGUUCUGUGUCUAAAGUCUUUUACACGAAAAGGAGACCUCGCAGUACACAAUCGAGUGCAUACUAAAGAUAAGCCAUACAAAUGUGCCGUUUGUUUAAAAAAUUUUUUCCUGAAAAGCAGUCUGGUAAGGCAUUUAAGGCUGCAUACUGGCGUAAAGCCCUACAAAUGUGUUGUGUGCCUGAAAUCUUUUUCGACAAAAUCCACUAUGGUAACUCACGAACGCACGCACACUGGUGAGAAGCCAUACAAGUGUGACGUGUGUCUAAAGUAUUUUAGCCAAAAAUCUCACCUUACUAUACACAAACGUGUCCAUAAUGAUGAAAGGCCAUACAAAUGUGACGUGUGUCUGAAGUAUUUCACACGAAAAGAACACCUGGUAGGACACGAACGAGUGCAUACUGGAAAAAAGUCCUACACUUGCGAAUUCUGCCUGAAAUCUUUUUCGAUAAAAUCACGUCUGACAAGGCACAUACCCAUUCAUACUGGCAAAAAACCCUACAAAUGUGACGUGUGUCUAAAGUCUUUUACUCAAAAACCAAACCUCGCAGUACACAAACGAGUGCAUACUAAAGAUAGGCCAUACAAAUGUGCCGUUUGUUUAAAAUCGUUUACGGCGAAAGGCAGUUUGGUAAGGCACGUAAGGAUGCAUACUGGCGAGAAGCCAUACAAAUGUGUUGUGUGCCUGAAAUCUUUUUCAGCAAAAUCCCAACUGGUAAGACACGAACGAAUGCAUACUGGCGAGAAGCCAUAUAAAUGUGAAGUGUGUCUACAGUGUUUUACACAAAAAGCAAACCUCGCAGUACACGAACGCACGCAUGCCUCAGAAAAGUCAUACAAGUGCGUUGUGUGCCAAAAACCUAUUGCUGUAAAAUCAUACCUCGCAAAAAAACAUGUCCAUGUCCAUUCUGGCGAUGAGCCCUGCGAGUGCGAAGUUUGUUUCAAGUGUUUUGCCCGAAAACGUGUCCAUGUUGGAGAAUAGUCAGAUCUUUAUCAGUUAUUAGUUUUUGCCUACAAUUUAUAUC